UUAAACUUGAAACAAAAACAAAAUAUAAAUAAAUUAAAAAAAAAUAAAUUAAAUAAACCUCUAGUUAACUUACUGUUAAAUUAACAAUAAAAAUAACGUUACACAAAAUAAAAGAUCACUUAAGUUCUCAAAGACAAACAAAAUGAAGCGUCAUUGCGAAAUGGACAGUGAUACAGACUCCACAACAUCCGUCUCGUCGCCGAGCACUUUCAGUACACGUCUGGGAAAGUGCGAAGUUUGCGGAGCCAACGAAGCCAAGUACACUUGUCCCAAAUGUGAGGUUAAAACUUGUUGUUUAGCCUGCUUGCAGAUUCAUAAAAAGGAGCUGGAAUGCAGUGGCAUACGGGAUCGGACCAAAUUCAUUCCAUUAAAGAAAAUGACAAAAAUGGAUUUUAUGAGUGAUUAUUAUUUUUUGGAAGAAUGCACCAGAUUCGUGGAGGAUCGCAAACGAGACAGAAUCAAACGUUACACCCGUUACAAUAAAAUUCUUCCAUCAGGACUAUUUCGAUUGAGAAACGCUGCUGCUAAUCGAAAGACAACUAUCCGUUUUUUGUUGGAGAACUUUUCGCGUCGUAAGGAGAAUAGCUCUUAUUUAGAUUUUAAAACAAAUAUAAUUUACUGGCGUGUGGACUGGGUAUUUCCAAAUGCUGAAAAUUUGGUAUUUGUUGAUAAGAAGUGUUGUGAGGAUGAAACUCUGGGAACUUUGCUUGACAAGUAUGUCAACGAACAGAAUCCAGAAGUUGUGCCGAGAAAAAAGUGCUUGGAGUAUUAUCAAAGUGAAGGAAUUGGGAAUUUGAUAAUAUUACUAAAAGCCGAGGGUGUAAAGAGAUCUCGUAACAGAUUUUAUCGAUUAGAUUGUUCCAAAACCCUAAGAGAUAAUUUAGCUGGAAAAGUGUUAGUUGAAUAUCCUUGUAUUCAUGUUAUCUACGAUAAAAAUAAUUUUGAUUUGGAUAUCAUCGAUAGUGAUGACGACCUUGAAGAAGAAAAUAGUUCAUACCGAAAAACUAUGGAUAAACUUGUCAAGAAAGACAAACCAGAAAAUGAUUCUAAGGAAGAUCUAGAAAAGAAAUUGAUAGAGCAAAAGCGUGCAGAGCGACGCCUUAAACGUGAACAACUCGAAAAAGAGCCCAGCAAUUAUCUAUUUUCCGAUGAAAAACUUUGGGAUGAAAUAUCUUCAUCAUCCGAUUCUGAUGGUGGGAACAUUACUGAAGAGGAAGAAACUCCUACCAGCAGUGCCAUGUGCCGAGAAAGAUGAUUCAAGUCUUACCAAUCCAUAUUAUUUGUAUAUAAAUUUGUUUCGGUUUUUCUUCUUUUUAUAAAACUUAAGUUAAAAAUGAGCUACCAUCUAUUUUGUACUUGAAUAUCUCACUAGUAUCAACUUUGCUGUUAAUCUGUAAGAAAUUUGAAUUGCUUUUGUUGAAUUUUUUAAUUUAAUAUAUAUUUUUUAAAAAUAA